UAGCUGUAGCAUCGUAAUAUGGCCGUAAUGGCGACCAGCGUAAGCGCUGGGAAGGAAUGUGUCGGUUUCGGAAGUCGUCGGAGGUCGUGACACACUGUGAUAUAUUUGCGUAUUUGAGGAAAUUUGCAGAUCAGUUGUUUUUACCAUUUUAACUAAUUCUGCAAUUUAAUGCUCAUUAUUCACUAAAAGUACACAAAGCAGGACCAAAAGUAGAUGAUAAUGAUUCGAGUAGGACUGACAGCAGCUCUUUGUAGGCUUUGUAUUUCUGAUGUCCAAAGCAGUAACACGUCAACAAGGUUAAUCAGUACUGGUAUCAGUCCUCUGUUCUUUAAAGCUUCUACAUGUCUCUAUGCCGAGCCUUUGAAGAAAAAGAAACGAAUAGAUCCUGCUAUUUUAAAGCAGAGAGAAGAACGAAAGAAGAAGAGACUGGAAAAGCAGAUCCGUCGUCUUGAAAGGAAUGCUAAGCAACUGAAACCUAUAGAUGAACUUGAAGUUCCAUUGGAAUUAGUUGAUGGAAAAAAAGAGAGAAUGAGGGAAGCAGCAGUUAUAACACCUGCAGUAGAAGAGGAACGUGCUCUGCUAACUAAGGACUGGACACGUUACAAGAGGAAGCAGCAUUUGAAGGAUAUGCAGAUGAUAGACAGGCUUAUGUUUGCACAGCAGAAAGCUCUUGAUGAGCUUCGUCAGGAAUCAGAGGAACUCUAUCAGGCAGCAAUACAGAUCAACCCUACACUGCUUCCUUUUACUGUUCGUGGACCAGUUAAAACACCCCCCAUCAAAGGGUAUGAUAGUCCAGAUGGGGAAUACACUGAUGUUUCCAAGAAAUGGUAGUACAAAUUUGUAGUGAAGUAAGAAUGCCACUGUUUUAGCGACUGUAGUAAUUGGAAUGGAUAAACAAUAAAUAGAAUACACUUCAUUAUUGAAAAUUA